UAAAUCACAAAAAAUUUUAAAGUCAAUACAGUGCAAUAACAGUGUGUAAUAAAAAUUUCUCACAGUGUAAUUGAGAAUUUUCGAAUCAAUUUUGGUGCUGAGCAAUAAGCAGAGAGCAUACGAGAAGGACACUUGAGAUUUACAAAAAAAAAAACACUUUUCACCACGAUCCGUUUCUGUUUCACCAGCUUCAUUAUCACCAUCCGAAGGUGCUUAGCUCAGCUUAGCAAGUACACAAACCGCCGCUGAAAGCAAAGUAUUGUGAAAAUUAAAUGUAACUAAUUCACCACAGCGGCGUUAAAGCGCACAACUACUCAGCACAUAUUCAGCAAUAGAACAUCGAGCCAAACACAUCACACCACAACACACCAACAUGGCGACGACCAACGCGAGCUCAACGAUAACGACUACGACACCAACACCAACAGCAACCGUUGAUGACGAUUAUGUGACUGUAGUUGAAGUAGAUGAUCCCGCAUCCAAAGACACAAACCCCAGACGACAGCUAGUCAAACAAGCACGACAAAGCUCAGUUGAGGAAGACUCUUCGUACAUAACUGUGCUAACGAUCAAUAAUCAAACACAGCUGCAUCGAAGCAGUAGUGGCAACAACCAGAAUGACGGAAGUGGCGAGAGUUUUGCACAAGCCGAAGAUCAAAUGAACAGUGGUGGCGCGCAUAACGGCGGCGCUACAGUGAUCGCAACCGAUGAAACGGAAGAAGAUACAGAACUUGUUAUCGUACACCGGCAGCCAGGUGAACGUUUAGGUUUCGGUCUCAAAUUUCAAGGUGGCACACGCAGCGCCGAAAAGGUGCACAAACUCUAUAUACAAUCUUGCGCCGCUGAUAGUCCGGCGUCCAAAGUACGCGCCAGCUGGGGUGCGCUGCGUGAGGGUGACGAAAUUGUGAGUAUCGAUGAGCAGCACGUCUGUCAGUUGACGCGCAUCGAAUGCGUGCGCUGUUUGAAAGAUAAUGUGGCCAUCAAGUUGCAAGUGCGCAAUGGCUAUGGACGUAAGCCCGACGCAGAGGAAGAAGUACUACUGGCAGGUGGCAACAAUAAUUUGGAUGUUGUUAAUGGCUCCGCGUCGACUGUGGGCACUAAUGACGUAAGCGUCAGCACAGCGGUGAUUAUGAGCAAUGGGCAAAUGAAGGGCAGUCCACCGCCCCCACCGCCGGUACCGCCGCGUAAGUUAGUGAAGCGUAAGUCACUAAAUGGCGAAAGUAAGGUUGUAGUGCCAGUAGCGAACUCUGCCACGGCACCCAGCAGCACUAGUGCAGCGCCAACUAUUCUACUAACCACAGCGCCGAAUGCACCGCACAGCAGCAACAGCAGCGGCGAGGUGGAUAAACCUUUUACGCCGCCGCCGGACGCUGAGUAUUACAUAAAUCUCUUCGCCGACGGUCAAUCGCUGAAGACAGAGUCCGAAUCGGAUGACACUGCAAGCACAAUUUCGACAGUGAUUGAUAAAUUUUCCAUGAGCUCUAACUAUUCGUCCGAAUCGGACUUGUCCAGCUACACAGCGUCGCUGACAAAUGGCCAGAGUGUGAUUAAUAAAUCAGAGUUGGCGAAGGUGCUCAAACCGUUCACCAUGCUAGAGCAGGAGUUCAAUGUGAAUGUAAAUGGUAAUACGGCCGUGCAGUUAGAGGAGUGUCUCAAGAAAGUCACCGACUCGUCGUCGCCGUCAUCGCCGUCAUCGCCGUCUUCAUUGCCGGCGUUGAUGGGGGAUGUGAUGCCCGACUUGUUAGCCGGUACAAUGACAGCAUCACAGGUGAAGAGACCAAUGACAUUCAUACCGGGUAAUAACUAUGAGAAUGUUGAGUUCAAAACAGAAAAGGUGAAUACCUAUGAGAAUGUAGAUCUCAAGCCAAAUGAGCAAGGUGCGCCAGUUGUAGUCUUACCUACACCGAAACCACGCCAAGCGGUGGUUGCUGGCACCAGCGCUGGUUCGUCGGUUAUUGAACCCAGAAAACGUUCAAUUAUACCGACGCCACGUAAAAUGACCACGCCCACUAAGCUACCUAUACAAGUGCCACCACCGACGGUGCCAAGCGAGGCUCUACCAACUAAUACGCCGACUAAGGCAACACCAACAUCAACACCGCCUAAUACACCCGCAACACCGACCACAUCCGGCACCCCCAGUUUCACUACCCCAACCAACCAGCCACAGACGCCGGUAAAUACGCCAACCACGCCCCUCGCAACCGAGAUUACAACACCCAGCGCUAAAGAGUUCAUCACGAAGAUACCAAAAGCUAUCGCUUCGGUCUUCGGUCCGAAUUCACAACGCUCCUUCGAACGUGCCAAAACCGAGGGUGAGAUCAAAUUGAAACAGUCUCCCGAGCAUGUGGCUUCCAUUAAACAACAAACUGCCUUGUUUCUCGACAAGGAGUGUCAUAACUCCAACGAUAGCGUUGCAAGCAUAAAGCGCAAGCCCUCAAUAGAGCAGUCGAAAGCUUUGGAGACCAGCAAGUUAUCGCCGCACAAAUCACGCAUCCCCAUCGUGCUCUCACCGAAACGUUCGCUUGAACAGGAAACCAACACCAUGGAACGCAAACAUCUCGGCAGUCCUUCCAAUAUACCACGUUUCUUAACGCACAAACAAAAAUCUGAAACAGAUCUUAAGUUGGGCUUUUACCGCAGCAAAUCGAAAGAGUCCAGUCCACCAGUUAGUCUCAAAAUGCCGUUACAACGUACAAACUCUGCCGAGUCGAAGCUUAAGAGUCCAGAACGCACACUUAUACCAGUCUUUAGUGGUCAAUCUCAGUCCGCAGAAGCAAUACUUGCUUCCACCGUCGCCAUUAGCACACCCAAUAAAGUGAAAGGUCCGAAACCGAAACCGCCAGAGCGUGUGCAAUCCUUAGCUAAAACCCCAACGCAUAUACCGAAACUGCAAACCUCAACAGGUGUUAGUGGUUCGGUCACCGUGGCUGCAGCGGAGAAAAACUCCACGUCGCCCACACCUACAUCUGCCACGUCCGAAAGCUCAACACCCACAAUGCAGACAUUUAAGCAGCAAUCCCCACCUGCAAACGUCUCACCUCAACGCGAAAUACGUUUCAAGAUACAAACUUACGAGAGUAAGGCGCAGGAGCCACGUACGCCCUUCACGGAUGUCAAUGAUAAUGAAGACGACAAAAUGCCGAGCCUCUUCGAUUUGGUGCGCAAGAAUAGUCCAAAUGCACAACGUAAGGAUGAUGUGCCCGCUUUGACCACAACGUUGUCUACAUUUAAAGCACCCGCCAGUCUUCAACAGACGUCCGAGCAUGUGGAGAGUAAUGUUGAUGAUGAAGAAAUGCCACCGGCUGUUGUGGGUAAAUGUAUCAAAGUGAAUGAUUCACAACCCACAUACUACUCCAGCUCGAGUGAAGAUGACGAUGAGGAGGGCAAUGCCGUGGAACAUGAUGCCGAACGCGAUUAUGAUUGUGAGGAUGGUGAGAAAUUGGGACCGCCUGAAGUGAUAAAUGGUCCGGGACCCUCGGAGGCUUACUUUAAUCUCUAUUGGCAUUCGAAUAUGUUGCCGACGAUUGGUGAGGUGGAGGAAGAAUUCUCGUCGUUGGAGCCGCCAUCUCUGCCGAAUGGACCAAUUGUAAUUGUGGAUGAUUUGAGUCAACAGCAACAGAGCAAACAGUUUGAAAAUCACAACGUAUCAGAGAAGAUCACCACAGAGCAGUUUGGAAUAGACGAAAGUGCAACAGAACAGCAAACGUCGAAGGAACCCAAAGAAGUGCACAAUAAAGACACCAUACAACUUCCAGAAGAGUCGAGUGAACAACAGGAGUUCGCGCAGACACAACAGUCUUUAAACCUAGAGUCGAUUGAUGGGCAAAAGAACGAGCUGGACUCAAAGAAAGUAAAAACAGCAACAACGCGGGUGACUAAAACAAACAACUCCACCAGUACAGCCGACAAAAGCAACACCCGAGAAUCAGCGAAGUCAAGCGCUGGUCCUUCAGUCACAACUAAGACCAGGAAAUUGCAUUUAAAAGCUAUGCCCGUAGCGCCGCCUAAAGUACCCAGCAGCAUGGGGAAAGCGCAAACUCAUGAAGCACCCGACGUGGCUGAUAAAAUGCUCGCAAAGGAAGAGCCAUUGGCGUGCGCGGCGGAAACGCAAGCGACAAAUGAGCCGAAUGGUGACAAAGUGACAGUGAAAGCGCCUGCAAUGGAAGUGAAGACAAUUAUAGAUACAACAACAACAACAAAUACAAUACCAAUCGAACAAGUUAGACCAGGUGAUAAGAUUAUGAAUGAAACAACAGUGUCAACAACGGACACUAAUUACCAAAACGAAGUUGACGAUAAUGAGCCGGCAGGCAGUGCCGAUUUGGACGCGCUUAUCGAGCGCGCUGAUAUGCAUAAUGCCAAGGCUAAUGAGGUUAAAAGUGUUGUCAAUACUGAGGUUGAGAUAACGGUUAAGCAGGCGACAACGCAGAAAGCGCAGCACGUAGACAAACCACAAGCGGCGCUGAUGAAUGCAAGUGAAAAAGUAAUGGAAAGUGUACAACAGACUGGGAUGGAUGAGGAUGGGCAGUCACUAGAAGCAGCACAAACACUGCAAGAGACCAAAACUGAGCUGACAGAGAGCACAAGCACGAGCAGUAGCAGUAACCGAACAAGUGAGCGGAGUGAGACGCACACAGAGCAAAAGAUGGCGCAGAAGGUGGAACAAACGGUGGAGCAGCAAAAGUCCGAGACACAGUCGGAGUCCACGUCCGAAACGCGCCAGACUAAAACAACCACCACCACCACCACCACCAAGAAACAGAUAACCAAAUCGAGUACCUCCCACACACAGCAGCUGGAGAGUACCAGCUUCGAUGCACUUGAUGGACUGUCAGAGGAGAUGCGCAAAAUGCUAGCCGCAAGCGGUGGUAAGCUUACAACUACCACUACUACAACUAGCACACCGCUCUCACCAACCUUUAACACCAACCUGACGGAGCAUUUCAAUAAACCCAUCGCCUUCACCCUACAACCAUACGCCGAGCGUGUGAGCAGCGCUGGCACGCCGCGUGUCACCGUCUACGAGGAACGUCAAUUCGAGAGUAAUCAAAAUGCCUUCACCGAGAUACGUACACGUGAUGCGUCGGGUGAGGAGAAAGUACAGACGAGCACAGAGUCGCACAAAGAACGCGCCAAAUUGAAGAAAGUACAGAGUCAUGAAGACGAAUUAGAUCAGCUCGGCAUUGAGAUGGGUGCUGCUGCAGGCGCAGAUGGUAGGCCGAUGACGAUCACCGCGUCUGCGGAGACACGUAUAUCGGAAUUAGCCGAGAAUCCACAAGAUAAGCAAAGUAUUGAACGGGGUAUUUUGAAUUUAUCGGAGAGUGGUAAACAAUUGCAACGCAAUCAGUUGGGCGAUGUGGCGUAUAUGGAGUGUGAGCAUCAAGUGCAGGACUCUUACGAGGAUGUGGCGCAAGUUCUCGGUGGCGGUGGUGAAAGCAACGCGGAUGACGCUAAGCAGCCGACGCUACUACGUGAGCUGAGUGAAACCUUGACUGUGACCAAGGAUGGUGAGAAGCAGGUGACGCGUCGUAGCGAAACAACAAAAGAGACGCCUAAGAAGGGCGCAAAGUUGUUGAAGAAGUCCGAAGAUGAGCGUCGCUUAGAGCUGGAGGCGCAGAAACUGAUUGAAAGUUAUCAGAAGGUCAAGAAGGAGGCGGAAAAACUUUUUCAGCAUGAACUGUGCGAAGACGAGGGCUUCGAUUUUGGUGAUGAGAAGCAAAGAAAGGCUGAGGCCGACGUGACGCUAAAGGUGCAGCAAGUAAAAGAAACGCUGAAGAACGCGGGUGUAGAUGCAGCCGAGAGCAAAGCCAAAAAAGUUGAUAAGGAAGUUCCAGUGCCCAAACAGACAGUAGCUAUAGAAGAACUGCCGAUAGCGACACCAGAAACAUGUGAAAGAUCACAGCGAGAUGUCUCUCUCACGAAUAAGACCUCGGUUGAUACCGAUCCGGAGCUUAUGAGAAAGCCAUUAAGCACUGAACACAAACAUUUAAAUGCCGCAGAGCUUACCGCUGGUUUCCUGACUGAAGAACGUCGUCUAGUAGCUGAGGAAAAACUCCUGCAAGCAGAAAGAGAGUCGGCUGAAGCAAAGAUAGUAUCUGCUCAAAACCUGGAGCCGGUAAAAAGAACCUCGGUGCCCACAACCGCCUCACCAGACCUACUCGACAACGAACCCAUUUAUGUACUCCACAAAAAUAUUAUUGAGGAUCCGCUAGUUGUACCCACAAAUCUCAUUGCGGCCGACAUCGAUCAAGCACCGCUGAGCUCCAAGGGAGUCAUAGAAAUCCAAGAGAUCGUAGAUCCAAUCACAACCGAAGUGGAGCUGCCACAAAACAUACGUCCCUUCGAAACUGUCGAGAUCAAGAUUAAGCAAAAGGUGCCUACGCCAACUAAGACCAGCGAACACACACACCCAGCAAAGGCGACGAAAUCAACACCACCCUCACCACCCAUACCGCAUAAGCGUGAGCAUAAAUCAACAGAGCUUGUCAGCAACGGCAAGUUACCCACGCCAACACCCAAAAAACGUGGCUCACUCGAUCUGAGUGCCACUCGCAGCCACACCACCGCAGGCGACCACACAACGAGCGCUGCCAAAAUGCAAACAACUAAAUUAGAAAUACCAAUUAAGACACCAAAAGCCCAACAAAACCUCGAACCAAAUCAGCAAUGUUCAACCAAAUUAGCGCAAACACCGCAACCGCCACCACCAACGGCAACAGCAACAGCCAGCGCAACUGUUGCAAAACCAAAAGAGAUCGAGCUUGAGCGCAUUAUUGUUGGUGUAGAGCAGCAGCAAUUUGAUGACACCAACAACAACAGCAACCAAUCGGCUGUUAUUACUUUUGCAAGCGAAGACCUACCAACGGAAGUGUCGAUCCCAACAACAGCAAAACAAGUUGUCGCGAAUGUGGUGAGCAGCAGCAAUAGCGCUUCGGAGCUGCUCGAGACGAUUAAUUUACCAAAUGAGCUGCAAAGCACAACCGAUGCAGCCGCGGCAGAGAAAUCGAGGAAAUCAGUACGUGUUGGCGAUGGCAUGCAAAUACCAAUAAAGAGAACAACAACAACAAGUAUAACAGCAGCUGUGUCAACAACAGCGUCUACAACAUUUGUGUCAACAUCGUCUUCGGCGGAUUCGGUGCAAAGUGUCAUCGACGUGGGUGGCAUUGUGGAAUCACCAUCGGAGGACGAAGUGGAGCGAGGUAUUGCGAGGGAUACAAGUGUAGAAGAUCUUGACCAAACCCAUUUGAGUAGCAAAAACAAAAUGGAGAACGGCGUACAGGUGGUGCCACAAACACCGUUACUCGUCAGCGAUUAUCUAACACUCAGCGCACCACCCACAUAUUCACGCCUACCACCCGACGGCCAUGAGUUUCCGCCCAACUUCAGUGAGCCACUCAUAAUGCCACCUCCCAGCACGAAUUUGUUAAAAGCCGCCAAUCUAAUGCAAUCCACCACAACAACACUGACAAUGUCCAGCAGCAGCACAAAGGACAAUAGCAAUAGUAAUAAUAAUAACAACAACAACACAAAUACAAUUUACACAGAAAAACUAUACACAACAGCGAGUGCAGCAGGCAGUCAAACCAUGGUUGCCAGUACACGCACAACCCACACACAUAUAAGCAAAAGCAGCAAUGCUGUAAAUGGCACAGCAGGCACAGCGCUGGCUGCCUCAGCGACCUUAACCACACAAUCUUCAUCGCCGAACGGCACACUGAAGAUAAGCAGCACAAAAGUCGAAAUGCCGACGUUGGAGUUCACCAUAAGCACAAACGGCAGCGGUAACAAGGUGACCGGCGGUGUAGAUGCGGCGAACGUACCGCCGCCACUACCAAAAUCCGGCCCACCACCAACAGUGCCACGCAAGGUGUACCGACAGGAUUUGGUUGUAAAUGUAGAGGACACACGUCAAUCGGCGGAUAAGCGCAGUGAUGUGCUCGCCGAAGCUACCACACCUUCGGGCGCCGGCAACGGCACAGGUACUGGCAAAUUGGUAUUCGAGUCACGUCACAGUCGUUCGACGCAAAAUCUUUCGUCGAGUGGUAGUAGCACACCUACAGCCAACAAAUUAGAGCCGCCUUCGUUCGAGUUGAACGGCAGCGCCGUUAAUAGCAGUGACUACAAGCGUUCGCUGAGCGCGCCACGUCGUCAUAGCGAUUGGCGUAAGGAUGAGAAGUCGGAGAAGAGCGUACGCGAUAAGAUUGCGAUGUUCUCGAACGAGGCAGAAAGUAGUGGCGCCGAUACACCAAUGAAACUGAGUUUCUCGCGCACUCAGAGCGCUACGAAACCGCUCAACUUAAGCACAGAGAAUUUGCUCGACACCGCAUCGAGUGCGCGCUAUGCCACGACGGCCUCAAAUCUGACGAAGACACGCGCGAUGAGUGUUGAAAACCUAAACGAUGUCGCGCGUCAGGUACAAUUAGCCAAACAGUUGCCCACACAAACCUUUUCCGACUCCAUGUAUGCGCUAAACACACUAGCUACAGACUACACGCAGAGCUAUGCGUCGCUUCCUCGGCGCCACAUGCAGCACUUGGAGCGCCGUAUCAGUUUCUCUGGACAGCCCACUUACGUGCCAGACGAGGCAUCACGUAAGGCUGCCAUAACCAAUAUAUUGGAACAGCGUCGCCGCAGCAUGUCCAAGCUGCGUGGUUUGGUUAUACCGGAGCGUCCACAUGUGCCGUUGGAGCCUAUACUGGAUCUGCCCGAGAUCAAAAGUCGUGAUAGUGAGAAAUUAAAGUCGGGCAAUACAUCGUCCACCGACUCCACGGAUAGUGGUGUUGGUUCGAGUGGUGGCUUCUCCACAGUGCCACGUCCCGCCAAACGCACAGAGCUAAUGCACAACUCACCACUACGUCCACUUACCGUGGCAACCACUAGCAACUCUGCAAAUAUUGCCGCCAACAAUGGCUAUCGUAGCAUUUUCGGCAUACAAACCGCAUCGCCACGUCAUGCCACAACGGUACAAUCGCCAUUAGCUAUGCCACAUCAGCCGCGACGUUUCGAGCCCACGUUAAAUAGCACACCACCCGCCAAGCCGCCACGCACCUCGCUUAGUGUGCCACCACGCCAACACGCCAUGCACGAGGAGAGUGACUCAGACUCGGUUUUCUCGUCGAAAGUCUCCUCGCCACCCAUGUCGCCAUGCGUGCCGCAAGUACCCGAGAAAUUCGCUCUCACACGCACGCUCUCUUCGGAGACAAACACUUCUAUUGCCAGCUCAACCACUUCUACGCUCACUUCGGGCUCGGGUUCGCAGGCGAGCUGUUCCUCAAUAGGCAGCACACCAACAGUUGAUCUGUCACGCCGUGUACUGAAAUCUGGUUCUAGUGAUUCGGCAACGAAUCGUAAAAAUAUAUUGGCCUCGGCUAAAUGUCGCAAUGGACGUGGAGAUGCUUCGGCGCUAUUACGUAAUCGGCCCUACGACGAUGAAGACAGCACCGAUGGCUAUGAUGAGGAUGAGGUGCGUCGCGUACACAAAAGCAAGCCGCGCUCGACAUCGGGCGCGUCGUUGGUGAUAAUGCCAAACAAGGCAGUGCCAGCAUCGGCGCCAAUCAACUACAAACUUGUCUCCAAAAACGAGCAGAGUCUCGUAGAUAAGGUAAUAAACGUAGCCGCCUACGUGGAGAUCACUUCGGAUACAGACGACAGUAGUCGCAAGUCGGACAGUACCUCGCCAUCAAAACUCAGUGCCAUGUUAAUUGAUGAAGAGCGCAAAGCCAGCUUCAAGGCCGACCCCAGUCAAAAGGCCAGCACACCACCGAAAGUGGCGACUAAGCCGAAACCAGCUGUCAUACUGCCAGCCGUUAGCGCUGUGCCCGUACAGCCUGUCACACCACGUAAAGCCACUGAGGUGGCAACGCCGCCGCUCAAGAAGACACAGCCCGAAACGAGCAACGAACUAACACAAUGGAUGCAAGUCGAAGUGGCGAAGAAGGCCACACAACAGUUAUCGACCAGAAGCAUGCCCGAACGUAUGCCACUCAAACCGGUGCUGGAGAAAUAUGAGUCCUCCAUAGUGAGCACGAAAACCUAUGGCAGCAAAACAUCGACAACAACAAAGGUCACAACCGCCGAAAUACGUGAGAAGUUCGAACGUACCGCUGCCGCUGAGCGAGCAGCCGUAGCUGCAGCCAACGCUACAUCCAACGUCUCGCCAGCUGUUUCUACUAAUAGUCUGCUGGCUGCCAAGGCUUUGGGCAGCAAAGGUGCCAACUAUCAUGAGCGUUUCCCCUCACUCGACUCUAUAGCCUCAUCUUCAUCGGGUGUGAGCUCGAGCACACAGAAUGUGUCCACACAAGAGAACACUAACGAAUUCGGCAGCUUUUCGUCGCUUGGCAGCAAUCAGAGUCUGAUUACUGCACAAGAUAUACAACAAAUUAUUGAGGAGGCAGAACCGCCGCUCAAAACAGCGGAAGCCUUCAUAGUGGUGCUACAACGUGAUACACCUGAGAGUAGUAUUGGCAUAACGCUAGCCGGUGGCUCCGACUAUGAAGCCAAGGAAAUUACGAUACACAAGAUCUUAAACAAUACACCAGCCGCCAAGGAUGGACGCUUAAAGAAAGGCGAUCGCAUAUUGGCUGUUAAUGGCAUGAGCAUGCGUGGCCUAACACAUCGCGAGUCCAUCAGUGUGCUCAAGACACCACGUCCCGAAGUUGUACUCGUCGUCACUCGCUCGGAGUCGGUUAUUGUUAAGCCGCUCACCAAAAAACGCUCUUCACUCGGCUCACUCACUUCGUUGAAUGAGAAACCCACCGAGGUGGAUUACGAGAAGAAGCGUAACUAUCAUAAAGCGUCGCGUUCACUCGAUCUAGACUUGGAUAUUGUCUCCGCUAGCGAAGAAGCUGGCGCCUCGAAGACACCAAGCACUGUGUCGAGCGCGAGUCCCACGCCAACGAUGACUGAUACAAGUACAGCUGCGACUUUGGCCAGCAUACGUUCACGACGUCAGCAAUCGCGUGUUGAUGCGAGCAAAUUGAGCACUAGUGAGCUAUUGGAACGUGCCGCUGAGGCGCGUAAUGCCAUUGCGGCGGAAAUUCGUGCGCAAGAAGAUGCCGCUACCGGCUCACGCACAGUUGAAAUCGUAAAGGAUAGCUGUGGACUGGGUUUCUCCAUUGAGGGUGGUUUCGAUUCACCGCUGGGCAAUAAACCAUUGAUUGUGAAGAAAGUCUUUAUGGGUGGCGCCGCGCACAAAACCGGCCAGGUGCGUAACGGUGAUGAAAUACUGAGCAUUAAUGGUGCAUCCACAGCGAAGAUGACGCGCGUCGACGCCUGGAACUAUAUGAAACAACUGCCCAUGGGACCAGUUAAAAUUGUCUUCACUUAAAGGGAGAAAGGGCAGGUGCCAAACAAAGGGCCUAAACUAUAUGUUAUUUAUGUAGUGUUGUGUGAAAGCGACAACAAUUUGUAAUUAGUAUAUAUAAUAUAAAAUAUAUACAACCAUAAAUAUGUAUGUAUUUUAGAAUGACGUUAAAUUGAUUAUUAUAAUUAUUAUUAUUAUGUAUUGUGUAUUGAAGUUAAAGAAUUGAAAACUUGUGUACUAUGUAUGUUAAAUUAGGUUUUGCUUUAUAUUAUUUUAUAUAUAUGAAAUAUAUAUUUCUGUCUGGAAUUCUGUGCGUUUUGCUAAUGACGAUGAUUUAUUUGUAUUCAAUUUUUUAAUAAUAAAUACAUAUAUACAUUUAUGAGGAAAAUGAUUAUAUUUAAACUUUUAAGUACUAAAAAGUGAAUUUUUUUCAAAUUUUAUUUAUUAUAACUUUUUUCUUUUGAAUAGCGAUUUUAAUGUAUGAAAAAACAGUCAGUCUCUUCUGAUAUGUUAGGAGGUAAAGAGCUUAAUUUGUGCUGCUACUUGAAAAAAUAUUUCUGAAACAAGCAAAUAUACUGCGUUUAUGUUUAAUUCUUGCCAUUUGUUGCAGUCAGUGAAACAUUUGCACAAAACACAAUUUAUUUUCAGUUUUUAUGACUAAAUUAAUUCAGAAAUGGAAAGGGGUUUUUAAUAAAUAAAUCAUAUUUUAAUAAAAAUUUAAAAACCGUU